AAUGAAUUCGGAAAUGCAGUCCAAGCAACGUUGGGCCUGGUUAGUACUUGGAUCGGAGACGGCUUGGGAAUCCCAGUGCAUCGCUGUCGCUUACGGCCAUACCACGUUGAAGGCACGCCAUCCCGUCUGAUCUGGCAAGUUAAGCAACGUUGGGCCUGGUUAGUACUUGGAUCGGAGACGUUUUGCGCUCAGAUAAAUGGCAUAUUGACAUCUAGGUUAUUUUCAAAUGGGACCUUCCAACAUAACAACGGUGGUACAUCAUCAAAUCGUCUUAUCAUUUACACACCGUCAGCGAUUGUCAUAGAAUGA